CCGCAAAAACGUGUUUUCCCGCAAAAACACGCUUUCCCGCAAAAUCGCCUUUUCCCGCAAAAUCGCGUUUUCCCGCAAAAUCGCGUUUUCCGUAAAAACGCGUUUCCCGCCAAAUCCUAAAAAUGUGUUUUCCCUCCAAAACCGCAAAAACGCAAUUUUCCACAAAAAACGCAAUUUCCUGCAAAAACACGUUUUCCUUCAAAAACGCGUUUUCCCGCAAAAACGCAUUUUCUCUUAAAAACGCGUUUUUACGCCAAAACCCAAAAAGUGUUUUCUCUCCAAAACCGCAAAAACACAUUUUCCGCUAAAACCACAAAACGCGCUUUUCCGCCAAAACUGCAAAACACGUUUUUCCGCCGAAACUGCAAAAACUCAUUUUCCCGCAAAAAUGCGUUUUUCCGCCAAAACCACAAAAAAACGUUUUCUCAUUACGAUCAACUUGGUCUUAACUUAAAAAUAAUUCAUUAUAAAGAUGUUGGGUUGAUGGGUCAACCAUUAACCCUUCUAACCUAUUUAAUUUAAUGGGUCAUGGACAACUCAACCUAUUUAUUAAAUGAGUUAGGUUGACCCAUGAUCCAUUAACAGUAAAUCCAUUUGGGUUAUGGGUUGGGUUAGAUCCGUUUGACCCAUUUUUGACACCUUUACACGUGGCACAAUAUAAUUAGGCGACAGCAGUGUCAGCAAAGUGACCGACCUCAGAGGAUCACACGAUAAACAAAACGCGCACACAUAUGUAUAUAUAGAUUUUAUAUAAAUCUGGGCCGUCAUCCUCCUCCACAUUUCUCGCUUUACGCAACUGUCAACGAACGAACAAAAGCAGAAAAAAACCCCUAAAAUUGGUCUACAAAUAUGAACCCUGCAGACGGAUCUUUGUUGGAUCCAAACGGUACAAUGACCGUACCUGCAAUCGGACCCUUGACUUCUUCGGAGGAUCUGAGCAAGAAGAUAAGGAAGCCUUAUACCAUUUCCAAGUCCAGAGAGAGCUGGACCGAGCCCGAGCACGACAAAUUCCUCGAAGCUCUUCAGCUGUUUGACAGAGACUGGAAAAAGAUUGAAGCUUUCAUUGGCUCAAAGACUGUGAUUCAGAUAAGAAGUCAUGCUCAGAAGUAUUUUCUUAAGGUACAAAAGAGUGGGACUGCUGAACAUCUCCCUCCCCCUCGGCCUAAAAGGAAAGCCGCUCAUCCGUAUCCUCAGAAGGCUCAAAAGAACGUUCAACCUCAAGUACCAGGAUCCUUCAAAUCAACAGCUGAACCAAAUGACCCAAGUUAUAUGUUUAGGCCCGAGUCUUCUUCGAUGCUGAUGACUUCUCCGCCACCCACUGCUGCUGCCGCGGCUCCCUGGAUUAAUAAUGUGCAAACAAUUAGCUUCACACCCCUCCCAAAAGCAGGAGCAGGAGCUAAUAACAACUGUUCUAGUAGCUCUGAAAAUACUCCAAGACCACGAUCCAACAAGGACACAAAUGUGCAAGCAAAUCCUGGCCAUUCAUUAAGAGUUUUGCCGGACUUUGGCCAAGUAUACAGCUUCAUUGGAAGUGUUUUUGACCCAUAUGCAAGUAAUCAUCUACAGAAGCUGAAGAAGAUGGACCCCAUAGAUGUUGAAACAGUGCUACUGUUGAUGAGAAAUCUAUCAAUCAACUUGUCUAGCCCUGAUUUUGAGGAUCAUAGACGGCUUCUUUCGUCGUAUGAUAUCGGCUCUGAGACAGCAGCUGAUCAUGGUGGAGUGUUUAAAACCUUAAACAAAGAACCACCAGAAAUCUCUACUUGAAGUUCAUUAAAAAAGGGGGGGGGGAAGGUUAUGAUGAAAUGUCUCAUGUGAGCAAAACCCAUAUUGGUUAACAGAAUACAGAGUGAUUCUGUUGUGGGUUUUGUUGUAAAUAUGAAGAAGAUGAAGCUGGCGUUGAGCUGUUAUAUAUAUAUACGUCUUUUGGAUUAUCUAUGUUAUAUGUAUAGUGUAGCAUCUUUGAGUUUAAAAAAAAAGUAGUGUUCGUCUUCUGUCUACUUGUUUUGGAGCUUUUGUUGAAGCAUGUAACAGUCUUCUGUGAUGGAGACCAGAACUGUUGACGUGUUCUCUUGCAUUAUAUUUUAGUCUAAUAUUAGACCGAAGAAACAA